GCACUGCGGAGCGUUUCUAAAAUAAGAACACCAUUGAUUCAUACUGGAAUGUAAUGCGCUUGCGCAGAUAAGUGACUUCCGAUUUAUACACCCCGGAAACUGCAGGCUGAAAGAAUAUUACAAAUCGUUGUUUUCCAAACAAACAGAGUUCCCUGUAAGCCAUGCAGACAAUAAAGUGUGUAGUGGUAGGAGACGGUGCAGUAGGUAAAACAUGUCUACUGAUCUCCUACACAACCAACAAGUUCCCCUCAGAGUAUGUACCUACAGUAUUUGAUAACUAUGCGGUGACGGUGAUGAUUGGUGGAGAACCCUACACGUUAGGACUGUUUGACACAGCAGGACAGGAGGACUACGACAGGUUACGUCCCCUUAGUUAUCCCCAGACCGACGUCUUCCUGGUUUGCUUCUCCGUCGUGUCACCAGCCUCUUUUGAAAACGUCCGAGAAAAGUGGGUACCCGAGAUCACUCAUCACUGUCAGAAGACCCCCUUCUUACUAGUCGGAACACAGGUAGAUUUACGAGAUGAUGCAACAACAAUAGAGAAGCUAGCCAAGAACAAACAGAAACCAAUUACGUUUGAGCAGGGAGAGAAACUGGCUAGGGAACUGAGAGCUGUUAAAUAUGUAGAAUGUUCAGCAUUAACACAGAAAGGAUUAAAGAAUGUCUUUGAUGAAGCUAUCUUAGCUGCUCUGGAACCCCCAGAACCACCCAAAAAGAAGAAAUGUGUGAUGUUGUAAUCUGUGAACUUGAGUCAUUUUCAUGUGUAAUCAUAACAAAAGGUUUAUGACUUCAAUUUAUCAUCUGUGGAGAGAUCUUGAGCAAAAUCGAAAAAUAAAAACCAAUUUUAUAUGUCAGAAUAAGCACUUUCACAGAUGGAUUAUUUCAGGUUGGAGUUUCCUCUAGAAAAGGGAUAUUGAGGAGUUGGUAUAAGUCAGGUGAUUAUUUCAAAUCUCUAGCACAAUGCUAGGGUUUUUUAUCCCACAAGGGUCCAAUUAACUUGUGAUUUGUGAAUAUAAAUUAUUAUUGACCAGCUUCUUCCCUUAAUUUAUUGUCUUCUGGUGCCAAAAUGUGGAAGCGAUCUGAGAUUGUCAUGUGUUCACCCAAGAUGUAAAAGGCACCAGGUAUUGCAAUUCUCAAACAUGCAGGUCUCGAUAGAGAAAUAUUCUAGUUAAUAUGAACCAAUAAAAAUGACAUGAUAUAAAUUGAGUAAUAAUAAAUAAAGCAAUAUUCUGCUGAUUUUUAUUUAGGUAAUUAUGUAAUACCUGAUAAAAAUAUAUAUCUAUUAAUACAUGAUUUAUUUUAAGUACAAAACCCAUACAAGGCACACUAUGUUUUAUUGGAAAUUCUCUUUAGUUUGAUGUGUUUCCUCUUUUCAAGUUGUAUUCUCCUUGGCGUUCAUUAUACAAUAUUAUAUUAUGUAGAUAAUUGUACAGGCUUUAUAAUUUUAAGACUCUAGGAUUUAGUUUUGUUGUAUAAAUGGACUUGUUUUUAUCUAUUUAGGAAGUAAAGAGUGAGUGGGUGUGUGUGUGUAUACAUGUAUGUGCUAUUAUAAGCUUUACAGAAUACAUUGAUUACUAGACGUAACAUUGUAGUGUUUCUCCUUUUUUAAAUUGUUUCUAAAGCAUUUGUUCAAUUUUGCAUGAAGAGCAGGUGUUUUUCAGAAGUUCAAUUUUGGUUUCUAUCAUUUUGAAGUACAAUUGUUUGCAGUUGUGGACCUAUUUUGUCUAUGUUACCACCACUAGUGGUGCUUUGAAGUUGUGACAAUGUGGCCGUGAAAUUUGGUUAUUUAUGUCUUGUCAUAUUGUACCUGCAUGUCUUUUGUCAUGUAUCUUUUGUCUAAACAACACCAUUUUAUUUUCACUAUACUGAAAUAAACACAAGAGUCUG